UAAAAAAAAAAUGUUUUUAUUUAAUCGUAAAAUAAAAACGCGUGGAGGUGACGGACGUGACGUCAUCGUCUCGCGCGAAGGGUCAAAGUUGAAGGCUUCUCUCGCUUGUGGUCGCGAUGUUUUGUUGAUUUUUUUUGUAGUUUCUCGUUUGUUUUUAUCUCUCUCGUUCUCUCUCUCCUCGGGCUAAAUUACGUUUUCGCCAUGGGGAAGUCGUUCGCUAACUUCAUGUGUAAAAAGGAUUUCCAUCCUGCGUCGAAGGAAAACAUCAAACGGGUAUGGAUGGCAGAGCAAAAGGUCGCGUUCGAGAAGAAGAAACAAGACGAGCUGCUUUCGCAAUACACCAAAGAACAGGAGAUUUAUAAUAACCGGUUACUCAUGGGAGAUGAACGUGUGAAGAAUGGACUAAACUUCAUGUAUGAGGCGCCACCAGGCACCUACAAAGAAGAGGAAAAGGAGACAGGAGGAGAAAAGGAGUACAAGUUUGAGUGGCAGAAGGGGGCUCCGAGAGAAAAGUACGCAAAGGACGAUGACAAUAUUCGCGACCAGCCUUUCGGAAUUCAGGUGCGGAACGUUCGCUGCAUCAAGUGCCACAAGUGGGGCCACGUGAAUACGGACCGCGAGUGCCCUCUCUACGGCCUCUCCGGCAUCAAUGCCACAUCCGCAACUACUGAUGAGCCAGAGCCGGCCAUGCACCCAUCUGACCUCAUGGUGGAGAUGAGGAGCAGCGGAUUUGCGCUCAAGCAGUGUGUGCUGGGCAGGAAGGGUGACGCGGCAGACCCCUCACAGCAAUUGAUCGAAAGUGAGGAGGAUGAAGACCCAGAAGUGGAGUUUUUGAAGUCGCUGACGACGAAGCAGAAACGCAAGCUGCUGAGGAAACUCGACCGCCUUGAAAAGAAAACCAAAAAGGACAAGAAGAGGAGGAAGAACAAACAGAAGAAGAAGAGCAAGGGGAAGAAGAAUAAACGCAGAGAAGAGUCGAGCUCUGACGACACCGAGAGCUCAGACUCCCAGUCCGACACCAAAAAGAAGAGGUGCAAGCAUCAGAAACAUAAGAAGAGCAAGUUGCCAUCCAACGACGGCAGCAGCACCUCGUCGUCGUCGUCGUCAUCUUCAAGCUCCGGGUCGGACAGCGACGCGGAAGAGGAGAGCGCUUGCAAGAAGCGGAAGGGAGAAGCGGAGUCACGAAGCGCGGAACCACCGCAAAGCGCCGACGGCAGGCGGAGCGCCGGCGCGAUGGAGCAGCCUGCUGGGUCGUCGCGGCACGAGCAGGGAGGCGCGAGCGGCAGUCGCGGGCCGAGGUUCCAGGAGCCUGCGGUGGGUGGCGGAAAAUGUGGGGAAGGAGCAGGAAGCCAUCGUAGGAUUGAAGAUGGGCGCAGGCACGGAGGUGGUGGUGGUGGUGAGGAGAAAGAGGGGAGACACGUGGGCGAGGGGAGAGACAGGGGAGACCAGAGGGACAGUCAACGCAGGGGUGAGGAGAGAUGGGGGAGAAGCAGGGGUGAGGAUAGAGACAAUAACAAAGGUGGGGAUAGAGAGAGUAAAUACAGGGGUGAGGAGAGAUGGGGGAGAGGCAUGGGUGAGGAGAGAGAGGAUAAACACAGGGGUGAGGAUAGAGAGAGUAAAUACAGGGGUGAGGAUAGAGAGCGGAGAGACAGGGGUGAGGAGAGAUGGGGGAGAGGCAUGGGUGAGGAUAGAGAGGAUAAACACAGGGGUGAGGAUAGAGAGGGGAGAGACAGGGGUGAGCAGAGAGAGCACAGAGACAGGGGUGAGCAUAGAGAGGGGAGACACAGGGGUGAGCAUAGAGUGAAUAAAAACAGAGGUGAGGAUCGAGAGGAUAAACACAGGAGUGAGUAUAAAGAGGGGAGAGAUGGGAGAGAGCGGAGACACAGGGGUGAGGAGAGAGAGGUGAGAGACAAGGGAGAGCAGAGAGAGAAUAACCACAAAGGUGAUGUUGGAGAGCGGAAAAGAAGCAGAGAGUGAGAGGAGCAGGCAUGGUGCGGAGUAUCGGGGGCGACAGCGGAGACAGCGGGGAGAGGGGUGCGGAGAAGCGGGCGAUGUCGAGCCUCGGGGCGACUCGGCUGCGAGCAAGGAUAGGUUUUGAGAGAGGAGGCCUUGUGUACGUCUGUACGUUGAACUUCUUUCGCACCGUACUUAACCAACCGUGCUAAUCGGAGGUGCGGGGGAAGGACAACAAACUAAACUGGUGGCGGCAAACACGAGCUGCAGGAGUCGUGAUAAGGCGGGAGCCAACAACAGCAAUAAAAUAAUUGCCGGAUUAACAUCCUUGGCGUUUGUCUAAUUAGUGACCUCUGUACCGCGUGGGUUGCCACGGUUGUGCUCGGAAUAUUUUUCAUGUCCUGCUGGGUCAUACCAGCUUGUAGUUUGGCAUUAUGGCCGCCGUCUUGCUCCGUGUCCUGGAAACUGCUUCAGGUCACACCCUCCUGAGAGCUUUUUCUUGUCACAGAGGGUUUUCUCAAGCGAUUCCUCUCAAUGUGUUCUUUCACAGCAUCGGCUCCACAAAUGUGACCCGUCUUCACGCGCAUUAGAUUGACAGGCGAGAUUGAGCAUAUGAAGCUGGGUUGUUGAGUAAGAAGGCAACAGUCAAGUCCUGGCCAGACUUAAGAAUAUUUUGGUUAUUUGCUGUCAAUCUCCUUGUAUGAUCCGUAGAGUGAAUGGAUUGUGCCCUUUCCUGCAAUGUACUCUGUGUUGGUGCUUAUAGGUUUGUAUUCGUUUGUGUUGUGAGGACAUGGGGAAUGGUACCCCGUAGGAACAUGCGGAUUAUACAAAGUAGUGUAAAGUCUUGAGUUGGAUGUAAGGAAGGUCAUACAUUAUAUGAUGACUUUACUGACAGCUCUGUUUAUCCUAACACAACUAGGGUUUUCGGUGUCUUCGUUUUAAUUUCUAUUAAAGUUGUACAGAAAGUUCAUAUUUGUACAGAUUUAGUGAGUAAUCUUUGUGUAAAUGUACAACAUUUUUGGGGAAUUCAUACCUCUAGUAGAACGUGAAUUAAAAUUGAACCUCUGCAUAUUCUUUGGGUCUUUCGGUAAAGUCGUGUAGAUAUGUUCAAAGAAAAUAACAAUAAAAAAAUUCCACAUUAUUUUAAUUGAACCUAUCUACGUGACUUUACCGAAAGACCCAAAGAAUAUGAAUUUCUGCAGCCACGAAAGCUUUAAGUCUAAGAUUUGUACCUCUAACUAAAACGUGGAGUUGUCAAUGGUCGUAGCGUGUAGUACAGUAGUUUGUGGUCGUGGCAAUAUCUAAAGCACUAUCUUUGUAAAUAAAAACCUGCCCCCAGAA